GUCCUCCGCCUUCCCAGCAGGCUCUGCGGCCGCCUGUUGCCGUCCCUUCCCCCCCCCCCCCCCCCCAGCCGCACGCUGCGUGGCUACUCGUUGGCUAUUUAGGACGGAAGCUGGGUUGGUGUUUCUCCAGAAGUUUCCCCCUAGGGCGGCGGCGGAGCUGGUUACCGCGUUAGUGGCCGCCUCGGCGUCAGCCACUGGGACUUAGCGAUGGCGGCGGCUGCAGCAGGACCUGCAACAGCCCAACGAUUUUUCGCGAGCUUCUCGGAUGCUCUGAUUGACGAGGACCCCCAGGCGGCCUUGGAGGAGCUGACUAAAGCUUUGGAACAGAAUCCAGAUGAUGCACAGUAUUAUUGUCAGAGAGCUUAUUGUCACAUUCUUCUUGGAAAAUACUGUGAUGCCAUUGCUGAUGCAAAGAAGUCUCUUGAACUCAAUCCAAAUAAUGCCACUGCUAUGCUGAGAAAAGGAAUAUGUGAAUACCAUGAAAAAAACUACCCUGCUGCUCUAGAAAGUUUUACAGAAGGACAGAAAUUAAGUGCAGAUGCAGAUUUCAGUGUCUGGAUUAAAAGGUGUCAGGAACCUCAGAAUGGAACAGAAUCUGAGGUGAAUCAAUCUGCAUCCCAGCAGACUCAGUCAAAAAUCAAGUAUGAUUGGUAUCAGACAGAAUCUCAAGUAAUAAUUACACUUAUGAUCAAAAAUGUUCAGAAGAAUGAUGUAAAUGUGGAAUUUUCUGAAAAAGAGUUGUCUGCUUUGGUAAAACUUUCUUCUGGAGAGGAUUAUAAUUUGAAACUGAGACUGCUUCAUCCUAUAAUACCAGAACAGAGCACAUUUAAAGUGCUUUCAACAAAGAUUGAAAUUAAAAUGAAAAAGCCAGAGGCUGUGAGAUGGGAAAAGCUAGAGGGGCAAGGAAAUGUGCCUACACCAAAACAGUUUAUAGCAGAUGUAAAGAACCUAUAUCCAUCAUCCUCUCAUUAUACAAGAAAUUGGGAUAAAUUGGUUGGUGAGAUCAAAGAAGAAGAAAAGAAUGAGAAGUUGGAGGGUGAUGCAGCUCUAAACAAAUUAUUUCAACAAAUCUAUUCAGAUGGUUCUGAUGAAGUGAAACGUGCCAUGAACAAAUCAUUUAUGGAGUCUGGUGGUACAGUUUUGAGUACCAACUGGUCAGAUGUAGGUAAAAGGAAAGUUGAAAUCAAUCCUCCUGAUGAUAUGGAAUGGAAAAAGUACUAAAUAAAUAAAUUUGCUAUUACUGUA